AGGGGUCGCCCGGCGUGGGGGGAAGGAAGACUCCGGCUUUCAGUGUGGAGGUCGGGACUUGCGAACGAGGAAGAAAGAGCUGAUGGCGUUGCGCAGAGGAUGGAUGUUGUUUCCAUUACCUUUCUGCAGUUUUGUUUGUAUUUUUCUGAAGACUUUGAGAAGUAGCAGUUAUGCCUCUUUUCCUCGGAGAUACUCUCUCUACCAAACUUCCAGAAACAUCUUGGGCCCAGAAGUACAAACCUUCCUGGAGGAGAACACUGAAGUGACCAACAGUGGAAACCUUACCCCAGAGAUCCAGCUGCGGCUUUUGACACCUCGAUGUAGAUUCUGGUGGGAAAGAGCUGACUUAUGGCCCUACAGUGAUCCCUACUGGGCAAUCUACUGGCCAGGAGGCCAGGCUCUAAGCAGGUACCUCUUGGAUAAUCCUGACAUUGUCAGGGGAAGAUCUCUACUAGAUCUUGGGAGUGGAUGUGGAGCAACAGCCAUUGCUGCUAAAAUGAGUGGGGCAUUGAGGAUAUUGGCUAACGACGUUGACCCUAUUGCAGGAGUGGCUACCUUGUUGAACUGCAAAUUAAAUAAACUGGACCCCCUUCCCAUUUUAACUGAAAACAUCUUGGACUCAGAACUGGAUAAGUGGGAACUCAUUGUCCUAGGAGAUAUGUUUUAUGAUGAAGACCUUUCAGAUAGACUUCUUCAGUGGUUGAGGAAAUCCAUUUGGACUCAUGGAACAAAAGUGCUGAUUGGUGAUCCUGGGAGACCACAAUUCUGUGGACACAAUAUUCAGAAUCACUUACAGAAGGUAGUAACAUAUUCACUUCCAGAGCUCACUGAGGAGGGAAACAAUAGUCUAACAACAAGCACUGUCUGGAAUUUACAUCUAUGAGUUCUCAGUUUACUUUCCAAAGGGAUACACACACAUACAUACACAUAAUACAUACAUAUACAUUGAUUAUUACCCUCAUAUACACUACUUCUCUGUCAGUAAGCGAUUUAUGAAUCAUGUUUUGAAAACAAGUAACUUUAAAGUUCUGUGAGGAUUGUUUUUCUUUUUUUAUAUACUCAAAUUUCCAUUCAUGGUAGUUAUAUAAUUGUUCUGUUUCCU